GGAAAAACCUGUAGUGAAAUAAAGCUACACAGUCCUCAAGCCACAGAUGGUCAUUAUGUUAUCGAUCCUGAUGGGGAUGGGGGCUAUGAACCUUUUACUGUAUAUUGUAACAUGACAGCAAAGAACGGUGUUGGUGUGACAGUUGUUGGCCAUAAUAUGGAAAAGAGAACGCUUGUUAAAGGAUUUGGCCCUCGGGGAAGUUACAUGCGUAAUGUUACUUACAUGGGAGCGGAAAUCAUUAGCAUUUCACAGCUUGUUGGUCUACUGGAAGAUUCUGCAAGUUGCCAGCAAUUUAUAAAAUACGAAUGUCACCAUUCUGUCAUCAUGCAUAACGGUAACCCAUACGCAUGGUGGGUAUCACGUGAUUUGACAAAGAUGACAUACUGGGGAGGAGCCUCACCAGCUGAUUCUUACAAGUGCGCAUGUGGGGUGACGAAAACUUGCACGAACAGAAGCAAGGGAUGUAACUGCGAUGCAAAUGAUCAAGUCUGGCGUGAGGACAGUGGCCUAUUAACUGAAAAAGCGCACCUCCCUGUUUUAAAGUUGGUAUUUGGAGACACAGAUGCUUCUUUUGAAAAAGGUUAUCACACGCUUGGAAAACUCAAGUGCUCCGGAAUUGCUUAAAUUGGAAAAGCAAUGCGGUGGGAGGUAUUUUUGCAAAGAUUGGCAUAGCGGUACUUUUCACUUGUCUGAAGACGUUCAUCUUGGUGAACAAAAUGAGAAAUUCAAAAGCACGGAGAUUCUCUUCUCCGAAACAUUUUUCUUUGAAGUUUCCUACAAAAGCGCAAAUACACCACUUGAGGAAAUAAUAAAGAUUAAAGUACAUGUAAUAUUUAUUCUGAGACAACUGAUGUUUAGAUAAUAAAAUCUCAAAACAUUCGCGGGUAACGUUUAUAACCCACAUGAAGAGCUUCCUGAACGCCAGCUAAAAUGCAACAGCAAAAGAAAUUCAAGCUUCCUCUAUCGCAAAACUAAGACACGUUUUGAAUCGAGCAUUUCUUUAACUAAAGCCGUUUUGGUGCGGUAAUACCUCACGAAAGUAGAAACGCAGAUCAAUCGAUAACUCCUUACUUGGUUUGAAUGUUCGUGACGUCAAGUGAAAACCGAGGAUAAUGAUGAAUUUAACACAAAAUAUGCGAGUACCAUGUGUAGUAAAUAUAUCUAGUAUCUAGUAAAUAAUAAUAAUGAAAUUGUGAUGAUGAUGAUAAUAAUAAUAAUAAUGAUAAUAAUAAUAAUAGUGAUGAUAAUAAUAGUAAUGAUGAUGAUGAUGAUGAUGAUGAUGAUGAUGAUGAUGAUAGUAACAAUAAUGUUCAUGGGGAUGAUGAUUAAUAGACUGAGCCCCUAGUCUAAGUAAAGAUCGAUGAAGAUUUUUGCCAACCGUCUAAUCCUGUUAUACUUAAUUUCUAUGUUUGUAAUUGGCUUUGCCAUGCAAGCUGCUAAAUAAACCUUAGCAUGAAUCAUGUAAAUUAUAAUUAGUGUGCUCCGUUAGACUUAAUUUGACGGUUCUAAUCUACAUUGUAGCAUCCAUAAAUAAGGAAAGCAUUGGGCACCUUCCUUUAUCCAUUCUAUUUCAUUUUAGAUAUAUAAUUUUUUCCCUGCAAUUUUUAAGCUAAGAUAUGAUGCUAUCCGUUUUAGGCCUGGUGGUAGUAGGCUUGAAUUUACCACCCGUGAAUAAGAAGAAAGCGUUCAAAAUCGAGCACCUGCGGUGUAUGUUCCUAUUUAUCAGUUUAGAUGUCAUAUUAGCAUUUUCUGCUGCAUCCUGUUCCAAUAUGUUUCUUGUUGUAUUACGUCUGUUGAUCGGGGCAUCUGUGCUAAACCGAGUUCCAGCAAAUUUUCAACAAUCCGGACUUUAUCGGGGUCAGAAACAGAAAAUUUUCUUUGGAAACUUCAAACCCGAUAAGGGCCACAAAUUAUCGACAACGAAAAUCUCUUCUCCCUUGGUUACCGAUUUAUUUGAUUGCGCGUUAAACUGCAUUACCGACUCAAGAUGCAAUUCGUUAAAUUUUGCAGUAAAUCACGACUUCAACAAACUUCAUGUCUGUGAAUUGUUAGAAACUGACAAGUACCGGGCCGCGGCAGACGAUCUUCAAGAGAAUGGCGGCUUUCUACACUACAGCCCUUGGGUAAAUAUUAUUGUUAAAGGAGCCUAAUUUUUAAUCAGUUUUCCUUUUAUGCUGAGAAAUACAACGUUUUAUCAGUUAACCACCCUGACAGUACUGUAGCUGGUUCGCUGAAUUAUGCCACUAAUCUUUGUUGCAGAGUUUAGGUCUGCCUACCGGCGUUUCUAGAAUGACUCUCUUAUAGCUUCUUAGCAAAUAAGUUCAGUAAUUUUUCCAAGGAAACAACUAUUAACUUAGUUUUACUUUAAUUAUAACUUUUUAUCACAGUCUUCGUGCCAACGAGAAUUUGUUGGAACCCAAUGCGAAAGGAAAGGUAAGUUGUAGGUAUUUUGACACGAAAUUUACUAUUCUUACCGAUCUCAGCUGUGCUAAUACAGAAGAAGCAGUGUAUUUUUUUUCCAGGACUAACAAAAAUUUUGCGAUAAGGUCUUUGUUUUCCUUUAUUCCCAAAAUGAGCCUUUGGUUGGGCCAAGAGUAGCUCAACUACCAGACAUGAAAUUACCGUAAAAUUCCGAAAAUAAGCCGCGGGGCUUAUAUUUUUCAGAGGCCCUUUUUGAGGGGCUUGUUUUUUGGAGGGGCUUAUAAUCGGAGGAGCUUAUGUAUGGAGAGAAAUUUGCGUUUCAAAAUCGAUUGAACUAGUUUGUAGUGGGAAGGAGAUUUACCAUUUUUUGCUUUGUUCUACUUUGUAUUCAAGGGCAAAUUCCAAUUACAAGGCCCCGCAGGGCUUAUAUUCGGAGGGGCGAUUUAACGGAGGGUUUUUUGCGUUACGAUUUUGGGGGGCUUAUAAUUGGAGGGGCUCAGUUUAGUGGUGACCCUUUCAGGUUGUAUUAAUACGCGCAUAAAAAGGCGAGCAAAAAAGUAGUUGGGUCAUAUUUGACACUGUUAAGUAUGGGUAAGAUUUCCUUUUGGCCCAAUUAGGCUAAAAAUUAUAAGUUCGUGUGAGCAAAUCCCAAAAAGCGCCAUUUGAUGAUGGAAGCCCUUCCCUGCUCGUACAGAGUAACAGAAAAAAAUUGUUCGCGCUCAGCUAGAAAAUAAUUAAAUAAAAGAAAUGUCCUCGAAAAUUAUAGUGCUUUUUUUCGGGGGGGGGAGGGGGAUGAAUACACUAAUUUUUCUAGCAAAAAAUUAUUCAAGGAUAAUUCUCCUUUCUGUUUUGACUGAACUCACCUCGGUAAAGGUAGUUUGUGAAUGAGCUAAGAGAAUGUAUAGCCCUUUUCACUAUUUAUUAAAAAUACGCCUUUAACUAAAGGGCAGCAGGUGGCUCAACCGCAUCAUGCGGUCAGGUAUAACCCUGGUACUGGCAGCAGGGACACAAGUUUUGUUCUUGCUUAGGGACUGUUAAUUUACAUGGAGGGAUGAUCGAGGAAGAUCUAACACCAGAAGGAUCCGGCUAAAAGUCGGAUUAUCCCAGUGCUAUAUGUUAACAUUAUUCAGUUUACACAUAAAUGGUCGUACUUGUGCCUAGUACUAGGAUGUUCCUGGUACUAGGAAUUUCUAGCUGAAAGGUAGGAGAUUCUAGAUUCUAGCUUCAUGUAAACUGCUGCCUUCGCAAGGAAGAUCCUAGUACUAGGCACAAACCACACAAAAAUGUCGGCUGGCCGUUUAGGGGCUAAUCACAGCGAAAAAGACCACCAUUUCGUUUGGCGUUAUAACGAGCUAAUUAUUGUGAAAAUUAUGCCGAAAGACAGUUAUUAACGACAGCAGAGAGAGCAGAAGUUCCAAAAUUGCAGUUUUAUUUUUGUCGCCCGCCAUUUUAAGGUCCUUCUCGAUCCUUCUCUGCUUGGGCACCACAGUGAGCGAAAUUUCUGCUUUUAAACCCAACGAAAAGUUUUUCUUCUUUCUAUUAUCUUCCUGGUACUACUGACACCUUUUGCGCAUUCAUUUGCGUCAAACGACGACCACCAGUGCGAAGACACAUUCAUUAGCCCGAAAAAACGAACAUUUGAGCAUAAAUCAGAUUCAAUAACGAUUUUUGCAUUAUAAUCAACAUUCAAUAACAUUUUUAGGCAUUUAUUUGCGUCAUUCGACUUAUGCCACGGUUUGCAAUUCAAUACCUGCAUUCCUGGACAGCCUUAGGAUGGAAAACACAAACAUUAGUGCGCUUGUACAAUCAAUUAAGCGUACUUUACAUUUAAUAUACAAAAAUCGAUUUUGUAUUAAACGAUAGAAAUCCAAACAAAUUUGUUCUGAAUUUCAGUCUAUUAUAUCCCUCAAUAACCUCCCUAUUUAAACAGUUCGGCAGGUAGGUCUGCACGAAACGGUACCCCUUAGCACAUUUAGCUGUGGUCACAGUGUCUAUGUUCCGACGCAGAACUUCAAAGCGGCUUUUUGCGUUCGAAAUUCCCCUAGUGGGAUUCCUACGAAUUUGGCCUCAUUCCUAUUAUCCAUACAUCUUUGAAUUUCCGGAGGCGAGAUGUCGGCUUUGGGUGUCGCUUUCAGACAGCUUAAAACCAACCUGUUCCAAAGAUUUUUGGAAUUGGUAUUGUUUAACUGAAAAUUGAUUUUUGCAUAUUAAAUGUAAAGAAUGCUCAAAUUUUGAUUGUACAAGUACAUUAAUCUUUGUCUUAUCCACCCUAAGGCCGUCCAUGUAGGAAUGCUAUUGAAUUUCAAACAGUGUCAUAAAAAUAAUUUUAAUAAAUACUGUUUGCACUUAAAUGUUUGUCUAUUGUCCCUAUUGACGUUCAAGAUAGUCUUAAUGACUUGGAUGUUGGCGUUAAUGAAAGUAUAUUUUUCUAGUUUGAUUGCCAAAUGACGCAUAUGAAUUCCGAAAAUGUUAUUGAAUAUUGAUUAAACUGCAAAAAUCGUUAUUGAGUCUGACUUAUGCUCAAAUGUUCGUUUUUAUUUAUUUAUUUACUUUAUUUUUUUUUUUUUUUGCGCUACUGAAUGUAUGUAUCUUCGCACUAUUAGUCGCCGUUUCACGCAAAUGAAUGCGUAUUUUCUCUUAAAGGACAGCAAAGGCGUAGUACUAUGCUUCCUCCAUGUAAACAUUUCCUUAGACAUUUCUAUUAUCAGAUGUAUCGCAAAAACAGAGAAACAGACCAGGUAAACGAGCGUGCGCAUGCUUGUAACUAACGGUUUUCAUUCUUGAUAAUGACGUUAGAAAUAUCAAAAAGUUGUUUAACGUUCUUCAGUUUAUCUUCUUAUUAUUCUUCUUAUUCUUGUUCUUCUUGUUCUUGUUCUUCUUGUUUUUGCGUAUUACAGGAAAAACAUGCAGUGAAAUUAAACUUUACAGUCCACAAGCCACAAGCGGCUCUUAUGUUAUCGACCCUGAUGGAGAAGGAGGCUACGAACCUUUCACAGUCCAUUGUGACAUGACUGACAAGAACGGAGUCGGAGUGACAGUUGUUGGGCAUGACAGUGAAACCAGGACUUUUGUUAAUGGUUAUCAAGGCAAGGGAAGCUACGUGCGUAAUGUCCAUUAUCUUGGAUCAGGCAUCACUAGUGUUCCACAGUUGGCUGGUCUUCUGGACAUGUCUUCAAAUUGCGAGCAAUUUAUUAAGUAUGAAUGCUAUCAUUCUGUCCUCCUGUAUACGGGCAGCUCCUAUGGCUGGUGGGUAUCACGUGACUUGGUAAAAAUGACAUACUGGGGUGGAGCCUCCCCGUCUGACUCGUACAAGUGCGCAUGCGGGGUGUUGAAUUCCUGUGCAGACAGCAGCCUCGGCUGCAAUUGUGAUAUAAAUGAUUACGCAUGGCGUGAAGACAGCGGUCUCCUUACAGAAAAGUCCCACCUCCCUGUUUUGCAAUUGAAAUUCGGGGAUACAGAUGGAUCCAGCGAAAAAGGUUACCACACGCUGGGAAAACUGAAGUGUUACGGAAUGGCUUGA